CAUGAGCACCUUCCUUGCCUGGGGCUCCGGCUUCGGUGCUCGGAGCCUGUUUUUAGAAGCGAAACGGGCGCUGCGCUUGGGGACAAUGUCGCCAUCAUCAGCAACCUUGGUGAUGCGUAGCCUAGUCUAUGAGUCGGUGUGACUUGACUAUAAGAUACAGUCAUACAGAUCACUGGAUUUGACAGAUAUCAUAGCUAGAGAGUAUAGAGACAAGAUGCAAGUCUCUUUUACUCUUGUGCGAUUCCAUUUCUGUUCCCUCCGAAGCUGCUGUAUAUAAAUCAAUCACUCCGUGGCAUCAAGUGACCCAAACACACACCCACACGCACGCGCACACACACAAGUGGCUAGUUAGAGUUACUUAAGUUCACAAAUAUGAUCUUGCCCCCAGUCUUCCUAGUUUCCACAAGCUGGAAUAGCAACCAGCAGGUAAUUUAUGUAUGGCACCACUAUUAUGUAGAUACGUAUAUGUAUUGUUCUUUAAUAUUUGCGUUUCUAGGAUGGAGCACGAAAACCAACGAUGCAGCUCCAGCAGGCAACUACUACUAGUAACAUCAAUAUUCCUCCUGCAUCAGCUGUUGUUGCUGGUGAAGGUAAUCUUCUCCAGUAUGGACAAGCCAUGGCCGCAGAGACGCUUUCUGGAGGAGGUGGAAGCCGUGAUGGUAGCGCCCCAGCAGCGCAAGCCAAGGCCCAACCGAGGUCCAUGUCUGAGCGCUCCAAGCUGCUGAGGAUCCCAAAGCCAGAGCCGGGGCUCAGGUGCCCGCGCUGUGACUCCACCAGCACCAAGUUUAGCUACUUCAACAACUACUCCUUAGCGCAACCACGCUACUUCUGCCGUAACUGCCAUCGCUACUGGACGCGCGGCGGCGCCCUCCGCGACAUCCCCGUCGGCGCUCCGUACAGACGCCGCCGAGCCAAGGGCAACAAGCCCAGUGCUGCAGCCACUGCUGCAUCGGCAUCAUCAGCAGCACUAGCGAUGACUUCGUCGUGCACCACCAAUUUCGUCGUCGCGCGCGCGCCCACUCCACAACAAACUACGGCCAGCAGCAGCGCGUCGCCGGUGCUGCCACAGUUGUACGGGCUCGCCAGCAUGGACACCCCGAAUGUUGGCUCCAACUUUUCGUGGCCCGGGGCUGCUAAUCUGUUGGUGAUGGACUCGGCCGGUGGGAGGGCUGUGUCGGAGUCGAAGAUGAAGCAGCAGUGGGGAACGCGAACGCUACCGCAGUCUUCGCAGAUGCACAAGCUCCCAGUAUUCUCGCACGCUAUUGAUCAGCAGCAGGGGCCGGCAGUUGCUGUGCCGGUGACAAUGGCGACGCCGCCGAGCAUGUUCCAUCCACUAUGGAGUGGAGGCGACGGAGGGAUCUACAGUGGAGGCGAAGGUCAGUUCCAUAUGAUCACGAAUCGAGAUGAGGAGUGUCCAAUUUGGGCCAUGCAAGCAGAUGUGAAUGGUUACACUACUUCCUAUGAUCCUAUCCCAGUUAUACAGCAGAUGGAGGACAUCGGCGCAUCUGCGGAUUUGGGGCAGAAUAGCCUGGGCACGGUGGCGGCGGGGCAGAUGGGCAAGGUCAAGGCAGGUACAGCGGCAUCGGCUUCCUUCAGUGGCCAUGGAUCCAGCUCGGUAGCGGCCCUCUUCCCCGUUAGCCGCGGAUCCAGAUCAUCGGUAGCAGUCUUCCCCGUUGGCCAUGGAUCCAGCUCGUCGUCGGCCGUCUUCCCCUUUCGGAACUUCAACAGUGCGGCAGCGACAUCGGCUUCUUCGAUGGCUCCAUUCCCCCAUGGUCUCCUUCAUUUGGGCAUCCAGCAAGUUGGGAUUCAUCGUGGAAGCCAUAAAAGAUGGGUGCCUACAAUCCUUCAGAAUGGAGAACAUGGGUUAUGGAAUUGAGAGGGAAAUUUGGCUGACAGCAGCAAACAGACAAGGGCUGGCUAGUAGAUCAAUCUAACUACGGAAACAUCGAUUUCAGUACACAGAGAAGAUGGUUAGCAGAUAGAUCUAUUGUCCUAAUUUUCAAUUUCAAGUAUAUUGCUUUGCUAUGCAGAGUUCAGACAAUGUAAUGUACAAGUACGCACUAUGCAGUACACUUGAUAACUCAUGAUGUUAUGAUAUAUUUGAUUAAUGAAAACUAUUAUAUUAUAUUA